AUGUCUUCGAGCACGCACGACUUAAACCGAAAGAGGCCCGCAGAUUCCGAAAUCGAAGGCACUGAACCAGACGAAUCUCCAGAUGAUCACGAUAGAACGGAAGAUCUUAAAAUAAAAACGCUGGAUGAAAUUUUACAAGAAAAACGUAGACGGAUAGAAAAGGAAGAUGAAGGCGAAGGGGGAGCAUCACAAGGAAAUUCGAGAACUGCUAGUCCAUUGGCUUCAGGUGGAAGGCGAGAAUCGAGAACGUCUUCGAAACAUGGUUCUCCAACUCAGGAAGGAGGAAGUGAAAUUAUUUAUCAGAUGAGUCCUGAACCGCAAAGCUUGUCUCCAAGUAAGUAAUUAGAAAUGUGUGGAAAAUGUGAUAAGUAGAACAUGAUUGUGCAGGUGGGUGUCCCGAGUAGGUGUAGUCCUCCGUAGGACUGUUGUAGACAGUGACUUAUGUUUUGACAAAUCUGUGCAGUAGUCAUCGUCAGACUGAGGCCCUUUUCAAACAUUGCACUACUGCACUACUGUCGAACUCAAAUUGACUUGACCUGGCAGUUGCACGGCAAUAGCACGGGAGUGGUUUCAAAUGUCAAAUGUAAUUCAGUCACUCCAAACUCAAAAUAAGCAAAACAUCGCAGUCAGGCGCAGUAGAGUCAAAACACUUAAACAUGUACAUUUUCAUUAUUUAUGAAGUGAGUUUGGCAUGGCAAUAGCGCGACAUUUGAAAACGAGCCGUGCCACUGCUGUGUAGCUUGGCAGAUCCUGUCUAAUUUAAUUGCCGUGCAGAACUAAAAUUAAUUCAAGGUGCUGAACUGAAUGAUUUUAAUGAUUUUGUCAUUCACAGCAUCAUCUACAAAUGGUACUCCAAUAAAGGCCAAAGGGCAGAUGUCUCAGGAUGAUGAACCUGCAGGACUUCGCAUCAGACAAGGCCGGAAAACAACAGAGGAAGAAGAAGGAGAGAUUGUUAGUGAUCUUUCAGACUCUGAGAGCAAAAAAGUUGAAAAACGGAGAAGACAUUCUUCAUCAAAAAGCCAUGACACUGAAGAGGUUGGCGUCAUAAGAGAUUCUCUCAGUGAGCAGUCAGAUUCAGAGAACAAAAGGACUGAGAAGAGAAGAAAGUAUUCUUCUUCAAGAACUGCUGAUACUGAUGACAGACAAAGAGAAAAAGACAACGUCAGUGAUCCCUCAGACCCUGAAGAUGUGAAAUGUGAUCAGAAGAUAAAAUAUUCCUCUCCAAAAUACCCUGAUUCUGAUUUAAAGGCUUCCAGACCAUCAGAACAAACAAGGAAGGACAAAGGUAAUUGUAUAAAAAUUAUGCAAUCAUGCAACCAGGUAUAUUAUGUGAUUGUGUGAACUUGCAAUGAAAUAAAUGAUACAUGUAUGCCCUCAAAGUGGUUUGAUAAACUCAGAUCAAAAGGUCAAACCUACUUUUUUGCACUUAAACUGUAAGGAAAAUGUUGAAAAGAUAAUGUAGUAACGUUUACAGCACAUCUGAACAUAACUAUCAAACGUUUAACAAGAUAUAAGCAAAAAAGAGUUUUGGCAGCCAUGUGGGAGGGCAAGAGUAUGCCCUUCAACAUGGCGGCCAAUACAAAUCAUACUACUUUGCUGAAAAACCAAAGUGCCAUAAAAUAUUUCCUUUAAAUAUAUUUCCUCUCAAAUUUCGGGUGUAAGAUAAUUUUUAUGUGCUCUGUCAAUUUUUGGCAUCAGCAAGAUUCCAACUCACUGUUUAGGAAGCAUUGAUCACAUGGCCUCUUAGUGCAAGUGGCCUACUAUAUUGGCAACAUGAGAAUGUUGAUUCAUAAGGAGUUAUCGUAUCCCUUUAAGCCCCAAUAUCCACAUACAAAUUCUCCAAACUGAUCUCUAUACAUUUCCUUAAAGAAUGAGUUGAGAGAAUUUGAUAAAAGAUCAAAGUAUUUUCUCUUAGGUGAUCAUUUAAUUAGUCUUCAUGACCUCAUCUCAUGAUAAUGUAUGGAUAUCGUUAGGAGAAAAUUGCUGUUGGUCACUAUUGGGACCUAAAGGGUUAAUAUUGUGGUUUUGUUCUCUGGUUUGUAGGCUCCAUGACAACAAAGACAACAAAGUCAAAUGAAGAGUCAAGUGAAGAAGACAGUAGUAGUGAGGAAGAGAGUGACGAGGACACGGAAACAGCGGCUGCCACCAAGAGGGUACAAAAAGAAACAAAGGAAGUAGCCGAUGAGAAGAAAGUGAGCAGUGAAUCAGAGUCUGAAAGUGACGAUAGCAGUAGUGAUGAUGAUGAUGAUGAUGAUGAUGAUGAUGAUGAUGACGAUAACGACGGCAAUGCUGAUGAAGAGGUGGAAGAAAAGAAGGAAAGCAGCAGCAGAAUCAAAGAGCAGAAGGCAGCAAGCAUUAAGUCAAGUGAAGGUAAGGAUGUUGGAAAAAAGGUUACUGCAAAGACCAAUGAGGAAAGUUCAAGUGAGGAGGAAGAAAGCAGUGAAGAAGAAAGUGAAGAGGAAGGUGAUAGUGAAACAUCAGAAGAAAGUGAAGAAGAGGAAAAGAAAACAAAAUCUGCACCAAAGACUGAGAAAGUGACUGAAAAAGGCAAAGAGGAUGAGAUUGAAAUAGAGGAUCUCCAUUCAGAGUUGCAGCAGCUUAAGCGACAAAGACCAACUGAUGACAAAUACAAGCAGAAAACUAAGACAGAGCGCCAUCAUCGCCGUGAUGAAAGUUCAUACAGGAAAAGGGAGCAGGAAUCACUACAUACAAGGGGUUAUACAUUGAGGAAAGUUUCUGAUAAGGAGAAGGACUUGAAGUAUGAAAGUCAUAGAGAAAGAAGUCAUCGGAAUGACGACAGUAAGAGUAGGUCCUAUGAGAAAAGCAGUUCUGAGGAUAGAAGUCGUGAUAAACACAAGUCAAGUGGUAAUGCUAAGGAUGUAUCUAAAGUGAAAUUAAACAGAACAGGUUCAAGAGAGAAAUAUUCUGAAGGGGAUGUCGAUAAACGAAGGAAGAGUUCAAGAAAAGAUUCAGGCAAGACCAAAUCUCCCGAGGAAGCAUCUAGAACUGCAUCUAAAGGUAAAGAUCGGAAAGAUCGCGGUGAAAGUAGGAAGAAAGCCACUUCGGAGAAAGUGGAUAAAGACAACAGAAGCAGCUAUGAUGUGACUUCUAGCAAAUCAAAGAAAGAUGAAGGGCCAUCAGUGAUCCUGACUGAACGUGAGAGGCGGCAGUUCUCCAAUGAAAUUGUGGACAUUGAUAGUGAGGGUAGCAGCGAUGAAGGUGAGGCUGUUGGGCCCCAUUCAGAUGCAGAAAUGAAACAGGAUCAGCUUUCUGACGGUGAGGAGGAGAAGAAAGAAGAGGCCAAACUUCCACCUUAUUAUCCUGCUGUUCGUGGCUGCAGAAAUGUUGAGGAGUUUCAGUGGCUGAACAGAAUUGAAGAGGGAACGUAUGGGGUCGUCUACAGAGCAAAGGAUAGGAGAACAGGUUUGGUUAUUAAUUUUCCUUUCUAUGCCCAUUUAUUUUGGUACAUUCAUUCCUGUUGUAAUUGGGUGAUUUAUGAUAUUGUUGGUGUUGAGGUAUAUGUUCAUGUAGUGGAUUGCAUUAACCUUUUAAGUCCCAAUAGUGACCAACAUCAAUUUUCUCCCAAUGAUAUCCAUACAUUGUCAAGAGACUAGGUUAUGAGAAUUAAUAAAAUGAUCACCUAAGAGAAAAUGCUGUGAUCUUUUGUCAAAUUCUCUCAACUCAUUCUUUAAGAAAAUAUAUAUAGAUCAGUUUGGAGAAUUUGUAUGUGGAUAUUGGGGCUUAAGGGGUUAACUGAUUGAACACAUUAAGGAUAAGGAUUUACAGUAUGUUCUGUACACUUCUUGAAUGCAAAUUAUUGCCACAAUGUUCAUUGAAAUCUUUUUGUAUUUAAUGUACAUCUUUUGCUGUACGUUCGUAGGGUGGGUGCAUGCUUCAUCAGUGUUCUCAACAGAUCGCGCCAUUAUGAGAUGCGCACACUUGCGAAAUGGUGCUCUUAAUAAGUCCUUAAGGGCCCUUCAGUUGCAAAACUGUACUAUUAAGAAGCCAAUUUUGGUUGUAAAUAGGUUUAUUUGGGUUGUAAAUAAGCAUUCAAUUUUUUUCUACUGCUUGGUGCUGGACUAUGAGCUUUUUUAAAUUUAACAAUAAUUAUUGUUCUCCAUAGUGUGACUGCAUACAACAAUAUUCAGCUAAAACAUUUGAUAUUAUUCCAGUCUAAUAAAGUAGUAUUACACAAAUUUUAGUUGGAAACUUCAAACUGAGUAAACACUUGUGACCCAUUCUUUGUUUUAAAUGGCCCAGAAACUUCAAGGCCUGGGGUCAUUGGGCCGUAAAUCACAAAAUUCUGGUGAAAACACUGUUUUUAAAAAUUAGUAACAUUUAAUGUCACAAGUAUUACAGCCUGACAUUGUGUUGUCCUGAGGGGCUUCUUGUAUUGGUGCAACAACGUACACUAUUCUCAAAUUUGUUUCAUUUCAAGGUGAUAUAGUUGCAUUGAAGAAACUAAAGAUGGAAAGAGAAAAGGAGGGAUUUCCUAUUACGUCUUUGCGUGAAAUCAAUACCCUUUUGAAAGCACAGCAUCCUAACAUUGUGACUGUUAGAGUAAGUGCCCUGUUAAUGCCAGCCUGAUUUGUGAUUUUUUCAGUUUCAAGUGUAAUUGUACUUCUGUUUUUUUUGUCUAACAAUAACACUUUACUCCAGGAACUAUUCUUUUGCUGAUUAGUCCUCUAACAGCUGUCCUUUUUCUCAUCACACGAUGUUCCUCCCCAAAGGAAUGGCUGCUGACAAGCAAACUACUACCCUGCGAUCAGAGGCAACAUUUUCGCUGUGUGAGCUGGCUUGCGAAAAGUAGCCUCUGCUGACAACCGUUCAAUUUUCUAUCGUGCAUGCACGAGAUUUGUCACGCGAUUCACAAGCAAAAUUAAUCGUCAGGUCUGUCGUCAAACGACGCGAGUUUCUUGGGAAUAAAAAAAAAUUGUGACAACUCGGAUCUGCUACGCAAGACUCACGCAAGACUCGCGCAGUGCUCUAAACUGGUCAAGAACUGGAAAAAACCCAUUUUUUAAAUUUUUUCAUCCAGAUAUCUGGACGGAUUUGAAUGGUUGUCGGCAGAGGCUACUUUUCGCACACCAGUUCACACCGCGAAAAUGUAGCCUCUGCUCACAGGGUAGCAAGCUACAUUCCUUUGCGAUUGUUUCAUCAAUUUACUGAAGUGAACAAUCAUCUAUCAGCAAAUUGGGAGUGAUGCUUUUGACAAUUAAAAAAGAAAAUAAUUUCUGUGGCAUGACAAGUAACAGCUUCAUAGGAUACAACUGGACAGCAAUAUUAAGAUGGCACAAUUUAAAAUGCAGGCUGUGAUUGGAUGGCAUUUGAAACGAUAAUAAUGGAACAAAUAAUGGAAUAAUGGAACUGUGAUUGUGAAGAAUAAUGGAACUGUGAUUGGUUGAAACUUUGAAAGGUGUCUGCUCAAAUGUGACUAGCCGCAUCUUUGAGCAAGAAUUGUGUGACAAGACUUGGAACAGCUGUAUACAUGUAGGAGGCUACAUGACCGUGUUUGCUGAUAAACAUAUUGUAGAAAUUGCAGGCAUUGUUGUAUGUUUGCAGGGUACAUUUUCUGUUUCAUUACUUUUGUGAGGUGUGGCACAAGUUUCCAAAGUUUAAUGUGGUGGCAAAUAAUUAUACUGCUUCUGUAAUUUUAAAUAAAAUGAUAUUCUCAUCAUGUCUUGCUUCUGCAGGAAAUAGUGGUGGGCAGCAAUAUGGACAAAAUAUACAUUGUUAUGGACUAUGUUGAGCAUGACCUGAAGGUUCUUAUGGAACACAUGACACAAGGGUUUAGAAUUGGUGAGUGAGCAUUCCUAGAACAACAAUACUGAAACAGUCACAGGCACCCAUUUUCUUGGAGACCCUUGAUUAUCUGCGCAGCAUGUGAAAUAGUAUAUAUGUUAAGAGUCUGCCUUCUGGGUGGGUACAGUUAAUUGCAUACCACAAUUGUUUACUGUCCAUAAAAGAACAGUUGAAUCCUCUAGCAAUAAUUGUUUGCAUAGUGUUACAGAGACAUCCAUUAACUUUCUUAGUGUUUCAAAAGAAUUAUUAAAAUUAAUGUUAAAGAGCUUGACUACUGACAGGUUCCAAUGUUGAUCUCUCAUUUUAAUUUUUGUUUUUAUCUAGGUGAAGUCAAGACACUGAUGAUUCAACUUCUAAGAGCUGUUGUGCAUCUCCAUGACAACUGGAUUCUUCAUCGGGAUCUGAAAGCCUCUAACUUACUCCUCAGUAACAAGGGAAUUCUUAAGGUUCGUUUGAUUAAUGAAAUAAUAAGGGUUUAGAAAAGAACUCUACUUUGGUCGCAAGUUGUCCAUAAGACUUGACUCCUGGAGGAGUCAAGGCUGUGCCCCUAGAAACAUUGCUAAAGCUGUUAAGUGCACUUCCUUCAUAAGCAGUUCACUUCUUUAUUUUAAUUAUUAUUAUCAUUAUCAUUAUUAUUAUUAUUUUCGCUAGAGUUCAAUAAGCUUGAAACUUGACUUAGCAAAAACACUUAUUGUUUCUUUGGAAUUAAUUUGAUAACAGGUUGGUGAUUUUGGACUGGCAAGAGAGUAUGGCUCUCCUCUUAAGAGCUAUACACCUAUUGUUGUGACACUGUGGUACAGGGCACCUGAAUUACUGCUUGGCAUCAAGGUACAUUGUACUGUAUAAUUUAGUCAUAGACAACAUUACCUAUUUCUUUUGAAGAAGCCUCUAAAUUCUUCCAUAUUCCAAAUAUUCCAGGUCCAGAUCCAGACAAUAAUAUUGUCCUCUUUUUUAAUUAUUGAGGUAGAGGAGGCCAGCUAUUAUUAUUUAGCAAAAUCCAGGUAGUGUUCUGUUAUCAAUGCUGCAUUCUGAUUGGUUGAGCUACUACUAUGCUAUAUGUUAUAUACCCCAGCAGUAGCGAAAAGGGCCGGCUUUGAAAACCAAAACAAUGGCAGCUGAAUCACAUUUUGCUAGCUAAAGUUGUUUUGUCCUGAUUUUUUUUACCGACUAGUUGGAUUUGAAAACAAUUAAUCCUCUCGCCCUCAUGGCCUCUGGGUCAAUAGCCCUAUUGACUCAGAGCCCAUUCAGACUCGAGGAAUAGUAUAAUAAAAUAAUAAAAGAAUAUUUAUUGUUUACAGAACUCUGAGAGUAUGUCUGUCCAGAAAUAAAGGCUUUUGAAAAACCGAUCUUACUUAGAGGUUUUUACAUUUUUAACACAAUGUCAUAUAAAUGGAAGAGAGAUGUGGCCCUCUCAAACCCCCCCUCCCCUCCACCCCCGACAAAAAAAAUCCAUCCAUGCAUACUAUAGUUCCAAGUUGACACAAAAUGCUUUCUCUUUAGCUCCAACUUUAGAUCGUGAAACACAAUAUUAUUUCAACAAGUUAUAUUUACCACCAUUCUUCUUAGUCAAAGUAAAAUACAACUCCAGGUAGUGAAAAGUAAAAAGUUACACCCAAAUGGUCGAACUGAAUGAUAUUCAAGGUCCUAGCCAGAAGGGUGUCCAGCUGUCCUAUGGACGCCCAUUUUUGGAAGACAUGCAAGGAAAAUUCACUUAAUCUCUUAUGAUUUUAUGGGAAAACACGCCUUUUUGACGGCCAGUUUUCAAUGUCUGGCUAGAAGCCUGCUUGUAUUGGAACCCACUGAACACGAGAUUCCCCCAACAAUAUUACAAGUAUAUGGAGGACUUCAUGUAUGUGUACUCCACCCCUGAUAAUACAAAAGAGGUUGGACACCCUGUUCAUCUGCACAGUAAAUCAUCACGUUCUUCAGAACGCAUCCUAAUCUGGUGCUCCUGCGGCAGAAAGGCAGAAAUUUUCGAGCUAUCACGGGUGACUGCCGAUUAACCACCCCUAUAAAUUUUAUCAGGGGCUUCUUGGCCCUGGACUCCUUUCAACUCGAGUGACGAAUGCGGAUCCGUAAUUAAUGAUUACCUCUUAUAAUAUCAAUAUAUUGUAUGAUUAUUCACUGUUUAGUGAUAACAAAAUUCUUUGUUGUUAUAGGAAUACUCAACUCCCAUCGAUCUGUGGUCUGUCGGUUGUAUAUUUGCGGAGUUGUUGACGAUGAAGCCACUUUUCCCGGGCAAGUCAGAGAUAGAUCAGAUCAACAGAAUAUUUAAAGUAAGACUUUGUAUUAGCAUUGCAUAGAUUAAAAUUUGUUUAUUAUUUAUUCAAAAUGUUUCUCCGUUUCUGAUUGGCUCAAAUCACCCGGCUGAUUACUCGUAACCAGCUGUGUUUCGGGUAAAUCGUCUCUAUUAGAGUCAAGCCACUUAGCAAUAAAUUUACUAGCGUCAACGCAUAAUAAAAAAGAAAAGGCAUCACUUAAUGUUGACGUGCGUCGCUCAAAAACGCCUUUGCUUAACCUCCCUGUUAUCUUUUUUUUUUUCAGGAACUUGGAACUCCCAGUGACAAAAUUUGGCCUGGACCACCAUCUUACUCUGAACUUCCAGCUGUUAAAAAGGUUAAGAGAUUUCAUUGGUUUUCAUCCAGGGACUAAAACUUGUAUAGUUUGAGUCAGUGUUAGCUCAGUCGUAGAGCGUUUGACUGCAGAGCGGGGGGUCACGGGUUCGAUUCCCGGGGCCGGACCAAUACUCAGGGUCUUAAAAUAACUGAGAAAUGGAGGUACAUGUACUCCCGUUGCAGUGCAAGCGGCCAGAGCUUCGCGUGGCUCGGAUGACCACGUAAAAUGACGGUCUCGUCUUUAGUAGGACAAGUUAAAAUAUUUUCCCCAAUUAGUACUUUCCUGCUAAAUACAUUUAUACUCAAGUAAACUGAUUUUUUUUUAGUGUCACAGGAAAGAACUACUCGAAGUCUCUUUAUUUGAAUUGAUCGCACUUGAGGAUUUUAUCCACGUGAUCAUACUCUCCCCAGUCCAUCUCUACCUUCCAGUUCCAAGAUGGUGGUGGUACACAAGAAAUGCUGAAAAAUUGCUCAACACGUUGUUCAUUGAGUUGACUUGACAACUUUUACUCUUUCAGAUGACUUUCACAGAGUAUCCUUACAACAACUUAAGAAACAGGUUUGGCACGUAUUUAACAGACAAGGGCUUCAGUUUGUUAAACAAGUAAGUGUCUCUGUGUUAAUUACUUUUAGAAGUUACUGUACAUAUAUAUCAUUUGUAACUUUGCAAAUGACAGUCAGCGGGCUAUGUCUCGCAAGUCCCGAUAAUCAGUAGACCUGGAAAGCUGUAGCUGUAGCCUGCGAACCGCAGACGUAUUUCCGGUCGUCGCUUCUCUUCCUCCGAAAGCGGGUGAAAGUAGAGCCGAAAAAACCGGAUGCUCUCGCAGGCUAGGAAAGCUGUCAAAAUUAACUGGUUUGUUCAGUAGGACCAACGCUUGGAUUUGAGUAUAUGAUUUCGGGGCCCGAAAAUUAGCGGGACUUUCAAGAAACGGGUCCCUUGGACCAGGCUCCUUCAUGGGAAAAAAUGACAAAUGAUAGAAAGCAAUAGGCGAACCGAGCGGGAAAAGAGGCGAGCCUGACCCCGGGCUGGUCAGGCUGUGUAGAGAUGAAAUACAUGUAAUUUGCAGUGAGUGUAGUUUUCUCUUUUGUAUUUUUAGGUUUCUGACGUAUGAUCCCAAGAAAAGGAUAACGGCUGAUAAAGCUCUUGAACAUGAAUAUUUUAAUGUAAGUGCUUUUUGUUGAUUUCUUUGUAUUGCCACUUCUUGACUAGCAAGGUUGAAGUUUUUAUUUAGUUUCGGGAAGCACUCUUGCUAGGUACUAAACCUGCGGCAUUUAAUUCACUUGCGAUAUUAUUAAAUUCAUGAAUCGCGUCCAACAAUCAUACAACAAAAAGUCACAAAAACACAAAUAGGUAAAAGCUGAACGCUGCAUGUGGGAAUAAUCAUUUUGCGUUUCACGUUGCGUUCCACAGAGAUCGGUGGUGGGGCCAACUUCAAAGCGAGGCAUGAAUAGACACCAGUUUCCUACCGAGAGAAAGGCCAUAAAACAAAAAUAAUAAUAACAAUAAUAAUAAAGGGCGGGAGAAGUAGUUGAAAGAUGGCGUUGAAAACGGAGCAAACUUUGAUAAGGGACUAUUAGCAUCCUAACUUUGGACGCAAUUAUUAUACUGGAGACCAUAGUGUACUAAUGUGCUCCAUUUGCGUUUUACCCCUCCCUCCUUAGGAGUCUCCACUUCCAGUUGACCCCUCCAUGUUCCCCACGUGGCCUGCCAAGAGUGAGAUGAUGAAAAGGCCUAAGAAGAAGGAUGUGGAACACAGUCCCCAAGCCCCGGAGGGUGGGGCUAUGUUUGCAAAGCUGGUGAGUGAUAAACGCGAGCCCGCAACCGUUGAUGGUCUUUUCAUUAUCAUGUAAUCUUGCGUUGGUUGUUUAAACGCGACGCACCACUAUUACUAUACUAUUUACUAUGACGAUUUAAGGCAACAAUGUUAGAACAAUGUUUAACAGUUCGAAACAUCACUGCAACACUGUUGCAACGCUUUCCAUUGCCCUAAAAAUAGUCCUUGCGAAUCGAUCCGUGUGACAAAGCCUGAAAAAGUAGGGAAUGUAAAUUCAAGAUUUUUCUCGUGUUACCAAAGAAAUAUUUUAAGCGCUUGCUGCUUGGAAACACUGUUGUGGUCGCCGUGUUACCAAGAUUUUAAGAGAUACCCUGGAAAUGAGAUCCGCCCUUGAGACAUUUCGCUUACAAAUAAGUUGCUCUCCGGCCGCAAAUAGAAAGAAGGUGCUUGGGGAACAGUUGAGUAAACAUUCUUAUUUCUAGGACAAACGGCAAAACAAGCGGACAUUGUCCUGUUAAACCCUGUUUGGACCGUAACAAAAGUUUGAAAAAGAAGAAAGAAGAAGAAGAAGCGCUAACUGCAUAACCCAAAUAGUUUACAGCAGGGUGGCCGAGCGGUUAGAGCGCUGGACUCGCAAUUCAGAGGCUCCGACUUCAAGUCCCGCCGUGACCGCUAGCUGGAUUUGUUCACGGUAGUCCCAAGCUCAAAUCCUCGACCACGCUUGUAAAUAGCCAGCUGGUUUGCCCCCGGCCAGUUGGGAUUCUUAACCCUGUUAUGUCUAGCAUGAGUGCUGUAAAUACUGCCAAGGGUAAAUAAUUAUAAAUUUAAUUUAAUUACAUUUCACAUCUUGUAUUUCUGUUUACAGGCCGAUGAAGGGGACAGUGGAACUGACAGUCAAGGAUUCAGGCUUCAAACAUCCAAGAAAGGUUCUGCUGCAGUCGCCGGAUUCACUUUGAAGUUUUAA